UAAGGCUAAAAAGCACAUUUUUGACCCCAAAACAAAGCUCAUCUCUCUUGGUGACUCCUGUCUCCAGCACCUUCCAUCCCACCAUGCGCUGGAUCAGUCUAAUCCUGGCAGUUUUGGCUUUAGUCUCCAGCUUCCAACCAUCUGAAACGGUCCGCAUUAUCUCACUCCCACCAAACCCCCGUGUUGGAGAAAGAGUCAUCCUUCAUUUGGAAGAUGUCCAAUUUCCUACCAUGUGCUCCUGGUUCCGAGGCAAUGGCCAGAGCAAGAAUAGACAGAUCUUGCGAGCUGAAUUUGAUAGAGUCAUUGCAAGAGGGGAAGCCUACACAGGACGGGAAGAUCUGUGGAGAGCAUGUUCCUUAAUCAUCCAAAAUGUGCAGGCCUCUGAUUCUGGACCAUACACAGUCUCCAUGUUGGAGCUGCGGGAAGACCAUUUCAAAACUGCAGUGGGACAUCUGCAAGUUUCCAGCUAAGAUGCUCUGAAGAUGCUUCUGUCCACUUUUGCAACUUUAUCUUUGGAAUGGAGACAAAGAAGCUGCAGUUCAUCUGCCAUGGGGGAAUCCUAAGAAAGAAACAGCCAUUCAGGUUCUCUGGGUUCCCUUCAUCCCUUCUUGCCUUCACUCAAACCCACAACAUCCAACCAUUAAAAUUUCUUUUGGCAAAACUGACAAGUCCCCUAUGAACAGCUUAGUCUGAACCAGCUCUCCACUGAAGUUUGCAUUUUGUUGCCCUGCAGUUCUCAGAAACAUCAUCAGAAUUCACUUGUACGUUUGCUGAAAUAAAAUACCUUGGAAGUGC